AUGCAGGCUGAUUUCUUUGGUAAGAGAGGUAUCUCUUGGCACUUGACAGUUUGUCAGAGCAAACAACGAGGGGAGCUGGUCGCGCAGACGUCUGUGCACAUAGUUGAAUCGGGUCUACAGGACAACCACAUUGUAGUAACUGUGAUGGAGCAUGUACUGAUGACCUUGAAGCAGGAACACUCCGAGUUAACCAGAGUUGUCUUCCGCCCAGAGAACGCAGGGUGCCAUCACUGCACAAAUACCAUUCUAGCCAGCAAAAUAUUGCGUGAGAGAACCAACAUGGAUCUCUACCAGAUUGAUUUCAGUGAUCCACAAGGUGGUAAAGGUCCAUGCGAUAGGAAAGCAGUGCAAAUCAAAACGCAAGUGAAGCAAGACACAAUACAUUAA